AAAGUUAAUAUUAAAUAUGUUAAUUUAUUAAAUAAGAUAAUUUCUAAUUUCUCUUAUGUCUUUUUCUUGUUGUCAAUACGUUUCUAAAAACUUCCUCUUCAAUUGUGUUGUUGAAUAAGCAUUAUAAACUCGAAUUUAAUCGUCAAACAUUUUUUUAGGUUACAUUACAUCGAUUGGCGUCACUAUAUUUAUUGAAAAAUUACGAGCAAUCCAUAAAUACUUUUAAAACUGUGAUUGUAAUUACAUUUAACAAUGUGAUCACUUCCAUUCAAAGUUCGUAACAACUGUUAAUAACUUUAAUAAUUUUUCACAGAUAUGUUUCACCAUUGAAACAUCUUCACCCUGCAGGGACAAUAGUCCUGAGGUUGUCAAUGCAAAUAAUUGUACAAGUUGUAAAAAAAAUGUUAAAAAAAAGUAAUCAAGUUAAUUUUUAAUGUGUUAUCCUUUCAAAAUCUUGAAGAUGCCUUUAGGACGCCUUCCAGACAUGCGCGUUGCUCGAGAAGUUGGCUGCGCAUCUCGGAUGCGCUUGCGCUUCCGGUACUUUCGUACAGUGCCGCCGCGCGCAAGUCAGCGAGAUACGAAAUCAGUCUACGUCCGACCCCUGGCUUGCGCGUGUACGUCAGUGUGUGUACGUCCGAUCGUCAGGUAACCGAUUAGUGACACGCGAGUUUUCGUAGUGGCCGGAACGGUCCAACCUCUCUUACGUCGAGGUGCUUCUCGCCGGCGCGCGUCGUUUCAAGGAGCGAGCGAACGGUUCGGGUACUUUCGGUAGUUUCAUCGCGGAGCAUGACUGAACGAGGAGCGCACGGCGAGCAGGUAUCCGCGACGAGUACCGUGAAGAGGACCUCGUCAACGGCCGGCAAGCCGUCGUGCUGGCAAUACCGGCUGUUCGGCAAGCAGCUCACGCGCUGUACUCACGUCAACGACGCGAGAAAGCCGAUCGACUCCGCGUUCGCCUCGCUCGUCCACGAGGACGGUGAGCCGGCUUGCGAGAUCGUCGGCAUGUACUUCAGCUUCGUGAAUCCCGGUGCGACCUGCGACGACUUCACGCGCCAGUUAGUCGAGCUUUACGCGAGUGUCAACGGCAACGGCGGCGGCGGCGGCGGCGGCGGCGAGAAGAAAAGGCUCGAAGUGGUGCACGUAGUACUCUGGAGCAAUGUGACCGAUGUGCUCGACUUCGAUGAGAGUUUUCGCGCCCAUGUAGUUGAUCUGCCUUGGCUGGCAAUGCCGAACCGCGACUACGAGAGAAAAACCAGAUUGACUCGGAAAUAUCGAAUAAAAGCGGGCGUACCGACGUUGAUUUUACUGGAAGCGUCCAACGGCUCCAUCAUAACAAGAGGAGGAGUCGAGCGAACUGUCGCCGACCCUACCGGCGUGGAAUUCCCAUGGAGACCUCCGCAUCCAAAAGCUGCUCUCGAAGAUGGACCUCUUCUACCAUGCGGUUCCCGUGAUAGCAACGAGCCUAUGUUGCACGAGGAACUCCGUCAUUGUUUCAAAGGGGUUUAUUUCAGUGCACAUUGGUGUCCACCUUGUAAAGCAUUUACUCCACAACUUAUAGACACGUAUCAACGAAUCCGAGAGAGAGGUCAUGAUUUUGAAGUAAUCUUUGUGAGUUCGGACAGGAGCGAAGAUUCCUACAAUACGUAUACGGAAACAAUGCCUUGGUUGAGAAUACCUUUUAAUCAAGAAGAAAGACGUCGAAAAUUGACGAGAGCUUUCGACGUUCAAGCAAUACCUACUUUGGUCAUUUUGGAUUCUCGCGACAAUAUAAUUACUCUGGAUGGACGCGCCGAAUUAAUCGAAGAUCCAGAAGGACUGAACUUUCCCUGGACUAGUAGACUAGUAAACAUCUUAACAGAAAAAUACGCUACGUCGUUACAUGAUGCUCCAGCUAUUAUUUUAUUUGUCGAAGGGGAAGAUUGUGAAAUUCAGUUUGGAGAAAGUGUACUACUACCAGCUGCACAAGUGUAUAGAAGGGAUCAACCUGACUAUGAUCCAAAUUAUGAUGAUCCUGACGAUGACUCUUUGCAGUUCUACAUAGCUUUAGAUUGUGAAACAUCCGACAUUCUUCGUGAAUUCAUUGGUUUGGAUGAUGCAGUACCUCUUUUAACCGCUAUUGAUAUUCCACGAGGGAUAUACGUCGUAAUGGAGGAUGGUGCUGAAAUUACUGUGGACUCCGUACAACAAUUUGUCGAUGGAUUUCUUAAUAACAGACUGCCAAUAAAUAAAAUAGCAACAGUACAUAAAACAUCAAAAACAAACGAACAUAUGCCGGCCUAAAAUCAUAUAAAAAUUAAUUAAACAUAUGGGAUGUCUAUUUCUUGAAAAAAU